AUGGGUAUCGUAGAAUAUCUUCAAGUCAUGCUGUUUGUAUUUAAUUUGACUCUCUCCACUGCGGCAAAGAAAGCGGUAAAUUGUCAAAACUUCAAGUUUGUUAUGGAUGAAGAUGUCGUCUAUAAUCACAUUCUUGAGGGUCACGUGUUUCAAAGAUUGACAGUCCACAGCGCCAUCCAGUGUCACGUGAAGUGCAAAGAUGACUGUUUAUGCGUAUCCAUGAACUAUUUCCCUUACUCCAUGGAAAAUAACUGCGAACUUAACGUUGCCAACAAAGUCAUGGAACCAGCGGCGAUGAAACGGAGGCAAGAAGGAAAUUAUUAUGAUUUAGUGAGAAGCUACACGGUGAAGGUGAGAUGACAUUGUUUAUGAAAUUCCUUUUUCAUUUAUUUAUAAACUUUCGUAAAUAAAAUAAAUAUUCCCACAUGAUCAAGUUUUCCGGUACUCCUUAAAAAACAGUUCUUUUUAAAAUGUUUUAUAUGUCAGUUCGGGCAAAGAAAAUUUUGUGCAUACCAUUUUGAUUGAUUUAGACAAAAUCAAAACAAACUGAUUUGGCUGAGAGAGGAUUGGGUUCAUUAUCUUUCUCGCAAACUUUUUCUAAGCGGCCAUGUUGCAAUGCGAAGGGGACGGCAGAACCAAAGUGACAACAAAUUGCAUAAAGACGUCAUUGACUUAACCAUUGCUGUAUUACUACAUUUCAAAUGAAAUUUUGAUGGACAUUUCAUCUCCAUUCUGGCACCCCGCUAUGUGUUGCGUGCACACGUACUUUGCUCGCACUGUUUGUUAUCAAUUCGAUCCGUUUCCAAUAAGAUUUGUCGAUGGUUACUCAAACGUACAUGCCAACCCAAUUCGAUGAACAUGCUGAGCUAAAAUUAACAAUUGGUUCAUACGUCAGCGUGCGUUCAUCGAGAUAUGAAGCACGCGGGAAGUUUGAAAAUCUUUUUCUCGAGGGAUUUGUUCGCUGACGUCAUGAGCGUGCACAAUAGGAAUAUAAAGCACGCUCGUGCAAUUGAAUUUGAUUAGACAAAUUUACUAGCUAUGUUAUAAAAAACCUUUGAAUGUUGCUGUAGGGUGGAGACAAAUACACGCCAGAGAAGCAUCAUUGCAUUAACAGAUGCUGCCGCACCAAUCCUUGUCUCAAUGGAGGGGUAUGUCAGGAGAUUUGUGACACUCACAGCACCAGGUUUAACUGUACCUGUCCUAACACAUACUCUGGUCAGCGGUGUGAGAAGAUGAAACAUCCGAGAAGCUGCAAAGACAUAGCUAAGAACGGUGCCUCGACAUCAGGAAAAUACGACAUCUACGAUUCAAACAGUGAACGGUUUUCUGUUUACUGUGACUUGCAGUCUGAACCUGGCUUUGUAUGGACGUUAAUACAAUCGUUUUCCUUGGCUAAGAGAAAAGCCUUCACGAAUGCAGGGUUUGGCAAGAACUUUGAGAUUGAUAUUGAAGAGGGGGAAGUGAAUUGGAACGAGUUCCGACUAUCCUUAUUACAGAUGCAGUCUCUUGCUAUUUACUCCACACAUCUGAGAGUAACCUGUAACUUUUCUAUGGAUGGUUUGCAGUUUACGGACUACGCACGCGCUAAGCUGGCAGGUCAUGACAUUUUUGGUACCUGGGUGACAUGUCAGAUGUACGAAUAUGUUAACAUCCGAGGAAUCCAUUGCUCUAAUUGCACUGCCCUGACAAAACAGCUGGAAGAUACGUCUUGGCACAUAAAGAGUGACAAGAGCAUAGAAGCCGGAUGUGAAUUUGAUGGAAAACCAGGUGCAGUCCCUGAUGAAAAAAAUUUCGGACAAUUUCACGACCGUACUAAAAAUCAGCAUCACCGCUGCUCGUUUUCUCCUGCGUCCACAACGCAGCAUUGGUUUGGAGCUAAAUAUGAAUUGUAA